AUGGGCGAUCCGGACGGUGACUGUCUUAAGUGGUCGCUCUUACCCAUUGAUGCACGUGAUUUUUCUGAGAUUGUACGGUACCUGACGCAAGAGCGGGAAGGUCCAGAUUUAGGGAAAUGCUUCGCUCAGGACAGUUAUGAGUGGUCUCGUCGCGUGCUGCGCAAUGAAGACCUUAAAGUGAUAUGGUGGAGACUGAUGCUGGAAUACGGAAGGUUGAUCAUUGACGAUCGCGAAAUAAUGUCUUUUAGUGUGAUCAUGACCUUAUACCAACCCCGCCUCAAUUAA